GGAGGGGUUGGGUCCUGUUCGCCUCGUAGUAAUGGCGGCUGUAUUGUGAUUCACUGUUUUGUUUAUAAGGAAAUUUUAUUAUCAAGUUAGAAUGGCAAGUCCUAUGAAUGAUUGUCAGGUCGAUGGUGGCGAGACAAUUAAUUCGUGUAAUAUGAGGACCAACAACCAGUGGGUGCGGCUAAACGUGGGCGGAACUUAUUUUCUAACAACCAAAACAACACUCUGCAGAGAUCCAAACUCGUUUUUGUUCCGGCUAUGCCAGGAAGACUCGGAGCUUAUAUCGGACAGAGAUGAUACUGGUGCAUAUCUGGUUGACAGGGAUCCAACAUAUUUCAGCCCUGUCCUAAAUUACCUUCGACAUGGGAAACUGGUAAUUGACAAUGGCUUAGCAGAAGAAGGAGUUUUGGAAGAAGCAGAAUUUUACAACAUUACUGAGCUGAUAAGGCUGACAAAAGAAAGAAUCUGUCAGAGAGAUUCAAGACCGCAGAAGGAAGCUAGAAAACAUGUUUUCAGAGUCCUUCAGUGCCAUGAAGAUGAGCUCACUCAAAUGGUGUCUACCCUUUCCGACGGCUGGAAAUUUGAGCAGCUCAUUAAUAUUGGGUCGCAGUACACAUACGGCCACGAUGAACAUGCCGAAUUCUUGUGUGUAGUGUCUCGCGAGUAUGGUGCAACUCUAAACAGCGUGGAAUCUGAGCCAACAGACAGAGCAAAGGUUCUCCAGCAAAAAGGCUCUCGGAUGUGAACAAAUUGAAGAGUAAUUUUCAAAGCCAACAACUCUCUACUCCAACACGAGUGAAUCUCAUUUUUUUUCAUUUUUUACUGCGGCGCCUUUGAGCUGUCAAAGUGAUCCAGAUGCAAAAGGGGCCUUCAUGAACAGAGCCAGUUUGUAUCGCAUUUCUACACUACUUCUCUACUCUCUUUUACCCCCUAUCAAAUACGAUUAUUGCUGAUAAUUAUACAUCACUACACAAUAUCUUUAGGAAGAAAAUUAGAGGUGCUGCACUGUGGUAUUUACUCAACAUCUAUCAAAACGAUUGUGAAAUUUAUCACUUUGCCAUAAAAUUGUUAGCAUUUCUAGCAGUGUAACUUGUGAAAUUAAUGGUGCCUGACAUUUAUUUCUGUCCCAGAGGACGUGCAGCAGGAUAUACUCAAACUGAUUCCUGAACUGAGACCAGACUGUCUGUUAUUGGAAAAGGCAUUUUUACAUGUUAUAUGUUUCUAUUGUCUGCACAUCCUUUUUGCUCCCUGAACAUGAAUUUUGGGAGCAUCAGCAAUACACCAGUCGUAAUGUUUUCUACACUAUGUGCGACCCCCCCCCCCCCCCGUCAAAAACACUAAAUUGAUUGUUUAAAUAAUGUCAUGCAUGUUUUGAUAUUAUGAAGAUUAUGGAAAUUAAGCUAAAUGUGAAAAUAAAUGUUUUAAAAAUCUAAUGCGACAA